AUGCUCUGGAAGUAUCAGGCCGAUCCAAAAUUCCAGGCAACUAGCACAUCCACAACCUAUAGUUCUGCUUUCCAAAAUGAGGCCACAGCAGAAUUGUGGCUCAGUGAUGAUUCCAAUACUAAAGUGCCUGCUCGAUCCAAGGUGUGUGAAGCCAUAGCCAAGCUUGGGAAUGUUGCUGUUCUUCGGUGGGCCCGUGACAAAGGAUUUCCAUGGGAUUUUUGGACAUGUUCACAUGCUGCCUAUGGUGGGCACCUUGAUGUAUCGAAAUGGUUGCGUGAAAAUGGUUGCCCCUGGGGUGCAUACACUUGUGCUUUUGCUGCUCAAGGUGGACAUUUGGAGCUGCUUGAGUGGGCCAGAGCUAAUGGUUGCCCAUGGGAUUGGCGGACAUGCGCAAGUGCUGCUGGAGGUGGACAUUUAGAGUUGCUCAAGUGGGCACGUGCAAAUGGCUGCCCGUGGUACAGAGAUACAUGUUCAGAGGCAGCCAGAGGUGGAUGCUUGGAGGUAUUGAAAUGGGCUCGUGAAAAUCGCUGUCCGUGGGACGCAAGUACUUGCAGAUGGGCUGCCUUUGGCGGUCACUUGGAACUGCUAAAAUGGGCCCGUGACAACGGCUGUCCUUGGGAUGCAAGGACAUGUGCAAAGGCUGCCUUAGGUGGUCACUUGGAGGUCUUAAAAUGGGCCCGUGCAAAUGGCUGCCCAUGGAAUCCAGUGACUUGUGCAAAGGCUGCCUUAGGUGGUCACUUGGAGGUUUUAAAAUGGGCCAGAGACUAUGGCUGCCCAUGGAAUGCACGGACAUGUUCAAAGGCUGCCUUGGGUGGGCACUUGGAGAUUUUGAAAUGGGCCAGAGAAAAUGGUUGUCCUUGGGAUUCAGACGCUUGUGCAAAUGCUGCUAUGGGUGGUCAUUUAGAAGUACUGAAAUGGGCACGUGAACAAGGCUGCCCUUGGGACGCCAGAACUAGCAAAUGGGCUACAGAAUUUGGACAUCGUGAUGUUUUGCAAUGGGCACUUGCCAAUGGAUGCCCAGACUACGUUGAAGAGGAUUGA